AACUAACAAGAGGGUGCAUAAACGCCACUGAUUUCUUAGGUUUAGUUCUUAUUCCGUAGUUUUUAGUCCUUAGUUCUUAGGACUGGUGCAUAAACCCACCAUAUAGAGCAGUGUUUCCCAAUGUGGUCCAGGCGGACCCUCGGUGGUCCACAGGGGUCUCGAAGGGGGUCCACGGUGUCGUGAAGCACAAAUGGGGGUCCAAAGUUUUUAAUGGGGGUCCACGAAAAUUUUUCUGAUUUCGAUUGUAAAGAAUAAAAAUAUAGGCAGGGAUUCGUCACCAAACUGCGCGUAGUGCCAUAAUGUAAUCCUCAAAAAAAAAACAAUAUCAUGUAUUAUUGUUUUUUUUGCAAUUAAGGCGCUAUUAUUAUUAAAUUAUAAUAUCCAAUUUUAUUGAGUUAUUUCAAAAUAUUCAACGCUAUCAAAUAAAAACUACCUGAUUUUGCAUGGUCAAAAACGUUAUCCGUUUAUUCCGAAUGUUUUAGCCUCUUCUUGGUUUUUACUAAAACUCCUAUUUAUAGGUACCUUAAUUCACAUACAAAUACUCUUAUCUGUACCAUUUGUAAAAACUUCAGUGUUACCGAAUUUAAUUUUAUAGCCCUUUCUUUGUUUUCCAAGCAAUUCUUCAACUGAAAAAAAGGUUGUAGAUUUAUAUAUAAGAUGGGGGUCCACCGAAACUAGUGAAGCUUUAAAAGGGGUCCACGAAAAAAAAAUUUUUGGGAACCAUUGAUAUAGAGCAUAGACAAAUAUUCAUUUUUCUAUGUUAUUAUCUACAUCUACUUAUCUAUGGUUGUUAUUUCUUCAUGAAGAGUGUGGUGGGGAUAUAAAUAUUUUAGUCGGUGAAGAAAAUUCAGGAUCGAUAGGAAAAAAAUUUCGUUCCUAAUUGAUUGUAUUCACAUAUAUAUAUAUACAUUCUAUUCAUGUAGUCUGAAUAGUCGCACUAUGAUCCAACAUCCGCCAAGCUCUUUUAUUAAGCGUAUAUUCAAAUCUACCGCCUAUUUGAAAGUACCGUUUGUCAACGGAAUUUGCCGAACGCCUCCGAGGUUUUCCCGGAAUUUAGUGUCGCCUAAAAGGCAAGCUUCAUGCUAUCAUGAACAGUAGAGAUAAUACAGAACAAACAGUUCUCGAAUUGUACUUGUACAUAUUUAUUUUCACAAUUAAGAAUUUACGUUAAGUGUUGAAGCCAGAAAUGGAAACAUACUCAAAAAUUUUCCUAGAUGAAAAUAAUCAUCACAGAGUAAAGAUGGAAAUGGGAGAAGAUGAUGAUAGCUAUGAAAAAGGAAACUCAUUGGACUUGGACCAGAGGAAGAGUCCAAAUUUUCAGGACACAACUGAUUGGGGGCAUAUUGAUGAAAAGACUGAAUUCUUGGAUAUUGUUCACCAUUACACUGAUGAGAAGGGAAUAAGAUCGUCUAUUAAAUAUGAAAAAGGGGAGUUUGCUUUAAACCAGAAAAACAAUCUCGAAGGGCAUAUAGAUGCUGUCCAUUUGAAUGGAAGAGAUGAUUAUGCAGCCAACCAUAAAGUUCAACUCAAAAUUCAUAUCGAUUCUGUCCAUUUGAAUAAAAAAGAACUUGAAUGUCACUUAUGUGAUUAUGCAUUUUCAUGA